AUGUGUGGUCCGAAUAGAGGUUAUGGAUUGGGAAGCGAUGGGGAAGUGAUGGGAAGUGAGGGAACGGGUGGACAGGUAUUGGUAUUUGUUAGUGGUUUUGACUGUACUUUGAAUGGAGUGCCUUCGCGUUCGUUCUUUCCCAGAGGUUUCCUUUGGGACGAAGGCUUUCAUCAGUUACUGAUCGGUGAAUGGGAUCGCGAGUUAUCAGAGGUUAUGAUCGAAAGCUGGUUGAGUCUUAUGAAUAGCGAGGGUUGGAUUCCGAGGGAAGUGAUACUCGGAGGAGAGGCUGAGGCCAGAGUUCCCAAAGAGUUUGUCAACCAGAAGACUACUAACGCCAAUCCACCGGCACUUUUCCUGGCCAUCGAUAAACUGUUGAAUAACGGAAACGUUGACAUAAAAUGGUUGCAUAAAGUAUUUCCUCGACUCCAACUCUGGUAUAACUGGUAUAACAGUUCACAAACCGGACAAAUAUCGAGCACUUAUCGGUGGAGAGGAAGGGAUCCAAACAGUAUAACAGAGUUAAAUCCGAAAACAUUGACAUCAGGUUUGGACGAUUAUCCGCGCGCAACACAUCCAACCGAUGAUGAAAUGCAUUUAGAUCUCAGGUCUUGGGUUGCAUUUGCAUCACAAGUGAUGUCAAAAAUAGCCAAAUUGGUCGACAAGUCUUUCGCCCAACGAUACGAAGAAACGGCCAAAUAUUUAAGUGAUAACCAGUUAUUGGAUUCUCUUCACUGGUCUGACAAACACAACAUGUAUUGCGACAAAGGGUUGCACUCAACACAAGUCAAACUCAUUAAAGUUCGCAACAAAUCGGAUAAUGGGUUCGUGAAAGUGAGGACAGAAGUCACUCCUCCCGCUUUCGACUGCGUCCCAGAGUUGGGUUAUGUCUCUCUCUUUCCAUUUAUGUUGACUCUAAUUGAGACCAAAAAUCCUAAAUUGGCUAAAGUUUUAGACGAUUUAGAAAAUCCUAAACUCAUUUGGAGUUCAUAUGGAAUCCGAUCGCUGUCUCGUUCCUCACCAUAUUAUGGUCAGCACAACACCGAAGUGGACCCCCCGUACUGGAGGGGCGCCGUAUGGCUCAAUAUGAACUAUUUGAUCCUCAAGUCAUUACACCACUACUCGUCCACUGCUGGCCCCUAUCAGAGUCGAGCCCUCGCUAUAUAUCAGCGUUUGCGACAAAACCUCAUCUCAACUGUGUUUACAGAAUAUGCCAGAAGUGGUUACGUUUGGGAACAGUAUAACGAUAUGACCGGCAAAGGACAGGGAUCUCAUCCCUUCACCGGUUGGUCAGCACUUAUUGUACUAAUAAUGGCUGAAAAAUACUAA